CGGUUGGUUGCGCGUCGCUUUUUUUUUCGAUUUCUUGUUCAUACCGUCUGUCUGUCGCGCGUAAGCUUGAGGCGUUCGAUCGUUUUUCUUUGCGCUUUGCGUUCUUUCUUGGGUCGUGACGCGGCCUUUGCCUGGAUGCUGGACGUUCGUCGCGACAACAGAAAGCAACAGAUCUUUCUCCGCCGCGGUGACUUUCUUCUUCGAAAACGGCUGCUGGAAAGUGACGGUGUGAAAUGGCUCGGCGCUGACGAAAGGGUGAGGUCCGGAUGCCAAACGCUGGCUUUCAUCUCGUUUGGUUUAUGGAGGAAUGCAAAUCGAGGAAAUUUCGAGCUGGCCUAGUUUACUGUGUUUUUGUCGUGAAUCCGGUUUUGUCGUGAGGGACGGGAUUUUUGUGGCCAAAUAUUUGGAUAAGCAGCUGGUUGAGUGGGUUUCGAUAUCUUCUGUUUCCUAAAGCGUGUAAUUUUUCAGUUGCGAGAAAAUUAAUCUCCAUUCAAGUAUCGUACCAAAACAGUCAGAAAAGCGUUUUGGUCACGUCAUAAUCGCAAAAAGAAGAUUGUGCAAAGUGUAAGAUAGAUAACCUGUGUCCAAAGGUGGAGUCUUUGUGUUUGUGAAUUGCUGCUAAAAGAGAGCCAGUACCCAGAGAUGGCUUCGAGUGUUAUAAAGUGCUUUGAAAAAUUGUCUUAGGGGGGUCAUUCUAGGUUAGUCUAGUGAGAUUGCCUCUCGCAAAUGCUCCCAGUUCUUAGCUGUUUUAGUGUACUCGAGAAAGUUUCUCGCUUUUGAAUCAUCUUCUGAUCAAAAGCCAUACAUUCUAUUUCCUCUCGCAACAAGAAGAAACCCGCAUUACAAAGUGAAAUACAAGAAGCAGCAAAAAACCUGGUCAUCGCCAUUCACCUUAUUCAUGACGCCUUGACACCUCAUCCGUGCAGUAAUGGCGAAAAUAAAAGCGGAUCUAGCGGGAAGCAGGCUGGUGGCCAUUGCGUUGGCCAUAGCAAUUCAAAUUCUAGUAGUGCUGCCAGAACCGGUUGCAGCCCAGAUCAUGAAUCGAAUGCCGCACUUCAUUCCCGGGACCGGAGAUAUGUCUCGGUUCAGUCUACCGGAAAACACUCCGGUCGGCAGUGUGGUGUUUCAGCUAAGAGGAAUUGACCCCGAGGGAAGCAAUCUGCGUUACAGCAUUUCCGGUCCAGUUUUUAGCGUCGAUCGUGACACCGGAGUAGUGCGGCUACGGCAGGCCCUAGAUCGCGAACUACAGGACAGCGUGGAAGUUAUCAUCAGCAUAACCGACGAAGGAGUGCUGGGUACGGAGCCUAAUACCGUUUCGCUGAGGCGUGAAAUUCCUAUUCGCGAUCACAAUGACAAUGCGCCUACGUUUGUGGGGAGGCCCUACAGUGCGUCCAUCAGCGAGUCGACCAAACCGGGAAGUGUCGUUAAAAUAAGUCCGGAUAUCAUAGUUACCGAUUUGGACGAAGGCAUGAACGCCGAUGUGGAACUUUCCUGCUAUCUUGAUCCUGCCAAAGAAAAUGACGAUAUAUGUGAGGUGUUUGAAGUUAAAAGUGAAAAGCUAGCUCAGGGAAAGUAUAUGGCGUCGAUUGUUCUGAAGAAAACGUUGGAUUUUGAAACGAGGCCUUCCUACAUUUUUACGAUUCAGGCAAAAGAUGGAGCUGUUGGUAAUCCAUUGAAAUCCUACGCUACAGUUGCGAUAACGAUUAUCGACAUUCAAGAUCAGCCACCGGUUUUUAUUAACGCCCCAUACUCGGCGUCGAUUCCCGAGAAUACUCCGGAAGGUACGAAAGUUUUGACAAUAAAUGCAACAGAUGGAGACACCGGAAGUCCGCGACCUAUUGUUCUCACCUUAGAAAACGAACCGAUGGGAUAUUUUAAGCUUCAUUUCGUAGGCAACCCACGAGGUGGAGUAGCAGAGCUGAUAACAACCGAUCGACAACUCGACCGAGAAGAUCCUAAAGUUGUUCAUAACGGUGGAGCUUACACAUUUUCGAUCCGAGCAACGGAAAUGAUCAACAAUGAAGUACCAGGAGAUAGCACAAGCACUCAGAUCACCAUCGUCCUGACGGACAUGGAUGAUCACAUUCCGGAAUUCAACAGACCUACCUUCGAAGUUUCUAUUCCAGAAAAUUUGGAGAAUGGAACUCCACUUCCAGACCUCGCCAUAGUUGUCACCGAUAUGGAUUUAGGAAUCAAUAGCCACUACACUCUUUCGUUAAGAAACGUCCGUAAUGCUGCAGGAGUAUUCAUCGUUUCACCCAGCCAUGGGGAAGGAAGAACACCUGUAGUUGUCAAAGUUUUCGACUCCCCCAAGCUAGACUACGAUAUUUCAGAUCCAGAAAAACGUAUCUACAUUUUUGAUAUCGUCGCAUCGGUUAACGGCAUCGAAAAGUCUAAAACGCAAAUAACUGUCCGUCUACAAGAUGCCAACGACAAUUCACCUCUAUUCCCUCAAUUAAACUACAAACUUCAAGUCAAAGAAAAUUCACCGAAAGGUUACCAGAUAGCUAACAUCACUGCUAUUGAUCUGGACACCGGUAUGUUUGGUAAACUGACAUACAUGCUAAAAGGUUUCGGAGGUGACUACUUCUACACCGACCCUGCAAAAGGUGGCGUAUUCGUCAACCAAAACCUAGAUUACGAAGAACAGAAAAGUUACAGUCUAGCCCUGGUAGCCACCGAUGGGGGAGGCCGAGAAACAAAUGCCAACCUUCUCAUAGACGUAAUGGACAUGAAUGACAACUAUCCGGCCUUCGAAUCCCUCGAAUACACCCGCACAAUUCGGGAAGGGGCCACCGAAUUCGAGCCGCAAUUUUUCGUACACGCCAUCGACGUCGAUGGACCUCAGCAAGGUGGAGGCAGAAUAUCCUAUUCGAUCGAAUCUGAAAACAGUAUCUCAGGUCACGUCUUCUCUGUGGACCCAACAAGUGGAGAAAUCCGCAUUACCCGACCCGUUAAUUCGAUGGACACCGAGCGAGGUCAGUACGAGUUAAUAGUGGCCGCAACGGACCAUGGAAUGCCUCCACUUAAGAAUGAUACCCGCGUCCUUGUACGCGUUGGGAUUUCCGGUAACCAGAGACCCGUUUUCAAGGGACUUUUCACCGGAACCAAAAGCGAUAUUCCGGGGCCGCCAAGCUAUCGGGUUAGCAUUCCGGAGAAUGCCGGUCCCGGGUAUAAUGUAACCAUCGUUAGUGCAACCGAUCCAGAUGGAAUCGAUGAUUUGCUGAUGUAUAAGAUCAUCGGAGCGAAUGACAAUUUCGAGAUAAACGAUCACACGGGGGAAAUCACUGUUGCCAGAGAUGCUCGGCUUGAUCGAGACACAAAUCCGGAAAGCUAUGCCAUUGUUGUAACGGCCGUCGAUGCUGGCUUCCCCAUUCCGGAAACGGCUACUACCACAGUGCACGUCAAAAUUCAAGACGUCAAUGACAAGCCACCCAAAUUUACCCAACAGUCUUACACGGCCUACAUUUCAGAGCGCAGCAGCAUCGAUUCGGAAGUUUUAAAAGUGACUGCAGCCGACACUGAUGUGAAUGCCAAAAUUCUGUAUUCUAUUGUGGAACCGAUAACGGCAAAGACUAAAGCCGGAAUUCCGCUGAUGACUGUUUCACCCUACGAUUACAAAACAGCUUUCCGGAUCAGCGAAGAUGAUGGAACUAUUUUCGUAAACAAUAGUUUGGAUUAUAACUACGCAGCCGUUGUUACUUUAACGGUAAGAGCUGUUGACGUCAAUGCGAAAUACAACAUCGAUAUGCAACAAGAUCAUGCUGAAGUAACAAUGUACAUUCAGUCCUUCAAGGAUACAAACCCUCUUUUCAAGAAUAGCGGUUGGAAUACGGUUCGACCUAGGAUAGAGGUGAGCAUCAAGGAAGAAUCGCCCAUUGGAAGUGUAGUGAUGAAAAUCGAAGCAGAAGAUCCGGUUGCUGAUAUUGCGAUCGUUGAUUUCGAGAUGGUGAUGGCAGACGUUGAAGGUUACUUCCGGUUGAACGAAAAAACCGGUGAUAUUAUUUUAAACAAACGGUUAGAUUACGAAACUAUGAACAAUACAAACAUAGACUUUGUUGUUAGAGCGAUGACCAGCAACAGGAAGCGUCAAUCGAUGGCUUACAUCAACGUAACAGUUGAAAAUGUAAACGACAAUGCUCCAGCUUUCGAAAAAGAAGUUUAUCGAGUAACGGUCAUGGAAUCGGAUCGUUAUCCGCAUCAGGUGAUAACGGUUCACGCAACCGAUAAUGACGCGGUUCGAUCCGAAAAGGAUAAACAACAGGGUUACAACUCCGUUUGGUACACCCUAUCCGGAUCACACGCAAGCCUGUUCACAAUAGACAACACAACAGGACAAAUAACGAUCGCAGAAGGCAAAAGCUUGGACCGGGAGAAACAAUCGGUACUCAAACUGAUGAUCACCGCCGAAGAUUCACCGGGCAAAUCGGAAGACGCAAAGAGAGGCUACGCAGAAGUCAUCAUCGAUGUGCUGGAUGUGAAUGAUAAUGCGCCUCAGUUUGGGCAGAAAUCUUACACCGCAGUGAUACCGGAGAACGUGUUGGCCGAUACAUUUGUUAUCGCAAUUUCUGCCAAUGAUCCGGAUGAAGGUCCUGGAGGCGAAGUGCGGUACGAGUUUUUGAAUGAGGGUGAAGCGAAUGGUCUCCUCCACAUCAACCCGAAGACGGGCGAAAUCAAAACGAAGGUCCUGCUCACCGGCAAGGGUCGAUCGGAUCCGUACGAGAUGGUGGUCCGGGCCCAGGACAGCGGCGGCCAACUGCCGAAGCAACGAUCCCUCUACAGUGACGUCACCUUCGUGUGGUACAUCGGUGACAUCAGCGCCAACGACGGCAUUCCGUUCUUCAUCGCACCGAAAGUCGGCCAAAUAGCCAACGUUACCGAGAAUGCUACAAUAGGAGCGCCGGUGUUCCAAGUCAUAGCGAGUGACCCGGAUAGUCCGGCAACUCCCAGUGGAACAUUGCGAUAUCGAAUUCAGUCCGAUAUUGAAGAUGCCAAAUCGUUCCGGAUCGAUGCCAAGAGUGGUCUCAUUUCAACGACAAAAUCGUUGGAUCGAGAAACGAAAUCGAUGUACAACAUCAUCAUUGAGGUUAGCGAUAUGGGAGAACCUCCACAAGCGGCUACAAUCGUACUUCGGAUCAACGUUUUGGACAUCGAUGAUCACCAGCCGCGAUUCGUAAGAGAUGUCGAUGCUCAACCGUUGGAAAUGAUGGUCCUGGAGGAACAACCAGCGGGAUCUAUCGUAGGAAACCUAUCCGCUUUAGAUGAGGAUAUCGGAGAAAAUGGUGCCAUAGACUACGAAUUCAUCGAUGGUAAUGAGCUGGGACUCUUCAGGAUAGUCCGAACUGAAACCAAUGCUGCAAUCAUAACAACAACGGCACCACUUGAUCGCGAAACGAUAGAAUCCGUUUCACUCACCAUAAGGUGUUUCAAGCAUAAGACUGAUCCAAUCUUAACUACUACCGCCUAUAAUAAGUACGACAAAUCCGAGCUGAACAUCAUAAUUCAUGUCGCAGACAUUGAUGACCAUUUGCCUCAGUUUGAAAAGGAAAAUCAAACGAUCGGUAUCCGGCACAACGUGCCUAUCGAUACUCCAAUCAUGACAUGCAAAGCACGAGAUAUAGAUCCAAACGCUAGUCCCAUUUUCUACAAUAUCGAAUCAAUCUCAUUUGUGCCUCAAUUCUAUCGGAGGGACAAUCACACCGAAAACUACUUCAACGUUUUUAAUCUCAACAACUCCACCGGUGAAAUCCGCACCACUCGAAGCAUGUCGGACUACGUCGAUGGAUUCUUCCAGAUAACAGUUCGGGCUAACAACUCUAACAUACCAGAUCGUGUAACAGAUAACAAUUUCAAAAUCUUUGUCAUACGAGACAAAUCUUUGCUCCGAUUUGUUUUCUCAAAACCUCCCUCAGAAAUAAACCCAGUCCUGGAAACAUUCGCAACCGAUCUUCAGACAAGAUUGGCAGAAUCGAACCUGGAACUGUCCCUAUUCGAUGCACAGGUCCUAGCCAAGCCGGACCAUAGUCUAGAUUUCAGCUCCACAAGUUCCUGUUUCCAGCUUUCCCGCCACGGGUCGGCCCUAUCGCCCAUGGAAAUGCUAAAAAUAAUGGACAGUCAGGAGAUGAAGGAUGCGCUGAUCGAAACUUACAUCAAGUAUUCGGUGCACAAGAUCGAUUCCUGUUCCAUCUCGAGGAAACCACCGGCGGCCGCCCUGAUAGCGUCUUCCGGAACCUGGCUGGUGAUACUGGCCGGGUUGAUUGGGUUCGCAGCGUUUGCUUCCACCAUGACCGCGUGCUGUCUGGCGAGGAGGUACAGGAACCAAAUCCGCUCCACAACAUCGUCUCAGAGAAUUUCAGGCUCGGACAUCUACGGAAGUGCCACUCCAGUUUUGUACACAGAACCAAUCUAUGGAGCUCUAUAGCCAGAGUCAGCGAAACUCUACAACCAGAACCGCUAAACUGUACAAAACUAAAACAAACCCUAACAAGUCAAAAAGUCAAUGUUAUGUGGACGAACCAGAUUAAUCAAACGCAGAAAAAAAACAAAACAAACAUCAAUUCGAACGCGUUAAACGCAAAAACACGAUAGGUACUCUGCAUUAACGAAAACGAAGCAGUCAGCAAACAAGUGUUUUGGGCGAUUUGCACGCGUUGAAAUUAUUCAACGUAGCCAGCCAUUCGGACAAGCAGGGAUGGUCAAAAUAGCAAAAACUCCUCGAUGUAUGAUCGUGAUCAGCUGCAACUUGCCGAAAAAAAACCUUAAACGAUAUGCACAUGUGUAUAACAAAGUGAGCACAUAUGUUGGCAGGAAGAAAAAAACAAUUCAUAAACUACGCCAAUACGCCUCAAUAAUGAUGCAACUUUACGUCGCUUAAUUUAAGUUGCCUACUAAAAACAAAAUGCCAAGUUGUAACCUUGGCAGUGAAUGCGCAACUUUUAUGUUUAACAGUUUCGUUAAACAAGUUAUGACUAGAAACACAACAACACGUAGGAUUAUCAAAACUGAUUAGUUAGUGAACAAAAAAUGCUAUUUAUUUUACUUUAGUAAGGAAAACUACUUUUAAUGUCACUCGGAACGAAACGGAUGCAGUAGAGAGCCAUAUGCGCCAGAAACUAGAAUCAAUCCAACUUUCACUGAACCAUAAGCUAAUCCGGGAUUGGAUUGAGCCCAUGUUUGUGAAAGUUUUGACUGUAGAUACGCAAGAUUUUUAAAUAGUCGAUGUAAAUAUAAGUAGCGAAGGA